UAUUUAUUUAUCUACCUUUCUCGCACGAUAUGUCUAUCUAUUGGUAGACAAAUAAUGGUGAAAUACCCUUUAAAGUCAUGGUGAUUUCUGUUUUUGUUUGUCACCAUGAUGAGAAAAGCUAGCUAAUAAGGUUCUCAAGGAAGGUGUUAUUUGACUUUGAAGCCAAAAAAAGGGUUUUUUUUUUUUUUUUUUGUUUGUUCUAUGUUGAAGCUUUUGUGCUAGAGAUUUGAUUGUGAGGAGCAAAUUGUGAUGUUUGUUUGUGGAUGGGCUAUGAUGGGAUUCAAGGGAUCUUGGUUCUGAUGGAGAUGAGAGCGUGUUCUGGGAAAGUUUCAUUUAUGAUGGAUCUUCAAGAAUUUCAAUGCUGCUUUGAUUCUCAUGGAGGAAAAGAUUUGAUUUUUGGUGGUCAUUAUGUCAAUGGUAGUUGAUGGGUUUUAGGAAAUUUGGUUUCUGGAACUUUGAAAUCCAUAUAGAAUUGUUUCUGGGUACACACCCAAUUGAUUUUGACCCUUCUUCUCAGCUUAGAGGAGGAGGAGAAAGUAGGGGGUUUUGUGUGUAUAAGGUCUUUUAGGAUUUCAAGGUGUUUGUUUGAUAAUAAAAAAAAUGGGGGAAGAGGCUAAUUCCUGGAUUAGGAGAGCAAAGUUUUCUCAUACUGUGUGUCAUAGGUUGGACUCUUCAAGAUUGGCCUCUGUUCAAUUUUCAAUUCGGCCUGAACGAAUUUCAGGUUUGAAAUCAAGGCCUGCAGCAACUUCUUCUAGUGAGAAAUCAACUACUAUUUAUAACAAGCAGAGAUCUUUGUCCCCUCUACCUGAAACUAGGCUCAAUGAUGUGUUUAAGGAAGCGAGGUCUGAGAGGAAGAGAUUCAUGACUCCAUUACCUCGGAGAAGGGAACAGGCAAAUGGGGUCAUGGGAAAGUUUGUGAAUAGGGAUUUUCAAGUAGUUAAGGCCUCCAAUUCAAAGUCUAUGGCAGAUACAAGCCCACUUAGGCACUUGGCUUCCUUUAAAGGCAAUGAUAAAUUGAAGAACCGGAAGGAGUCAUCAUGGGUAAAGUAUUUUGAUCAUGGUGGAGGAAGGGUUAAUGCUGUGGAAACAUCUGAUGAAUGGACUGUUGAUCUGUCUAAGUUGUUUCUUGGGCUAAAGUUUGCUCAUGGGGCUCAUAGUCGGCUUUACCAUGGUCUAUACAAUGAUGAACCUGUUGCAGUUAAGAUUAUCCGUGUGCCUGAUGAUGACGAAAAUGGAGCCUUGGGGGCUCGACUAGAGAAACAAUACAAUAGGGAAGUCAGUCUUCUAUCUCGUCUGCACUAUCACAAUGUCAUAAAGUUUAUAGCAGCGUGCAGAAAGCCACCAGUUUAUUGUGUCAUUACAGAAUAUCUAUCGGAGGGUUCUUUGAGGGCAUAUAUGCAUAAGCUUGAGCGUAAAUCACUUCCUUUACAAAAGCUAAUUGCGUUUGCUCUGGAUAUUGCUCGUGGAAUGGAUUACAUUCACUCUCAAGGUGUCAUUCAUCGAGAUCUUAAACCAGAAAAUGUCCUUAUUGACCAAGACUUCCACCUGAAAAUUGCUGAUUUUGGAAUAGCUUGUAAGGAGGUAUACUGUGAUAUUUUAGCUGAUGACCCUGGAACUUAUCGUUGGAUGGCACCUGAGAUGAUCAAACAUAAAUCCUAUGGCCGAAAGGUUGAUGUGUACAGUUUUGGGCUCAUCUUAUGGGAAAUGGUUGCUGGAACAAUACCAUAUGAGGAUAUGAAUCCCGUCCAGGCUGCUUUUGCAGUAGUAAAUAAGAAUUUGAGACCUGUUAUCCCAGAGGACUGUCCACCUGCCAUGCGAGCUUUAAUUGAGCAGUGUUGGUCCUUGCAACCAGAUAAAAGGCCUGAGUUUUGGCAGGUCGUGAAGGUAUUAGAGCAGUUUGAGUCUUCACUUGCCCUUGAUGGAACCCUGAAUCUGGUACCAAAUCCUACUUGCCAAGAUCAUAAGAAAGGCCUUCUUCAUUGGAUUCAAAAGCUUGGUCCCGUGCAUCCUAAUGGUUCAAUAACGCCUAAACCUAAAUUUACAUGAAUCUCUCUUAUGACCUGGCUUUUGUAGCUCACCAGGUCAAUUGUAAUUAAAAAAAGGUUUGUUUUCUAAGCCUCUUUUAUUGUAUUCUUGUAUGUCACAUUCAUGUGUGAGUGAAUGAAUAGAUUGGUAGGCACACAUUGAGGUGAAACUGUCUUUUAUUCAUGUUAUAUACAUACAGACAAACGAUAAUCAACCUAGUGUAUAUUGGCUGUCUGAAAAAAGUAGCAUUUUUCUUUUGAAA